AUGGCAGAUAGCUGGAAACCGCAGCCCGAAGUUGCGAGGAAGUCUUCCUCCAAGAGUAUAGGUGUUAAUUUCAACGUUGGAGAGCCAGAUUCAACAAACAAGGCAGAUAGGGCAAAUAGCUGGAAACCGCAGAAAUAUGCAAAACUCAACCUUCCAGUUGUAUCAGUUCGUACCCCUAUUUAUGACAAGAAUUGUGGCAUUGACCUAGAAUAUGAUAUGAAGGUUAAUCCUGAAGCUGAACAAAAGAUCUUUAAAUAUGGACUUGACAAAAAUAAUCUGGAUGUAUCACACUUGAAAGAAGAAUAUCAUCAUACGGAAAAGCCCAAAGUUGAGAAGAAGAGUGUAGGUGUUAAUUUCAACGUUGGAGAGCCAGAUUCAACAAACAAGGCAGAUACGGCAAAUAGCUGGAAACCACAGAAAUAUGCAAAACUGAAUCUGCCAGUCGUAACAGUUCGUACCCCAAUUUACGACAUGAAUUGUGGCAUUGAUCUGCAGUAUGAGGUGAAGGUCAGUGAUGAAGAUGAAGAAAAAAUUUCCAAACACGGACUUGACAAAAUAAACAUGGAAAACCAGGAUUUUCACAAGGAAAAGAAAUAUUCAAAACUGGAUCUUCCAACCCCAUAUUAUGCCAUGGGUUUUGCCAGUGACCGUGUAAAUGAUGUGAAGGUCAAGGAUGAAGCUAAAGAAAAGAUCUCAGACCAUGGACUUGAAAAACAAACCCCGGAUAUGCUACACUUUGAAGCAGGGGAUUGUCGCGAGAGAUACACGUAUAGGAAACCGAAUCUUCCAAUUCUAUAUAUUCCAACCCCUACUUAUGCCGUGGAUUUUGCUAGUGACCAUGAAGGUCAUGUAAAGGUCAAAGAUGAAGUUAAACAUGGACUGGAUUUACCACAGCUAAAAGAAGUAGAGGGUUGUCAAAAGGAAAAGAAACUAAACGUGCAGCAAUAUUAUGAUCAUCCCAAGGCACCAGUAGAGGAGGCUCUGCCUCUGGAUUGCGAGGAAAUGCUGCGUCCCAUGUACCACCUUUACAUAAAAUCGAUGGCCGUCUGCAAAAUAAAGAAUGUCCAAACAUUUGCGGAGUGGUAUGCCAGUCUUUCAUCUGCCACAUUUCCUAAAAAGGAAAAAGAGCCUGAUUUGGAAACUGCAUACAAACAUGUAGCACUUCCACAGCUUCAAGUGACUGAAAUUUCACCAAAACCCACUGGAGGAAAGGAAGCCCAAGCACUGGAUCACCAGAGCCUCUGUGGUUUGAUCAGAGAGCAGGGAGAGUGUGUGCCUGACAAGAAUCCACAAGCUUCAUAUGAGUCGGUUUUUCAGUCUGCUAUCGCUAGAAGACUUGAGCGCCGAAAGAAGUUUGAGAACUUACUCAAUAAUAUGGACAGCAAGCUGAGAAACACAGUGUUGGCAACUUUAUCCUGUGAAAAGCAUUAAGGAGUUUUUCAUUAGAUAAAAAAAAUUCUAUUUAAAAUUUGCUUUUACGAUGUAUAUUU